UGAUUCAGUGAACAGACAAGUAUUCAAAAGAGUUAUAAGAAAAUAGAAAUUAAAAAAAUAAAUUGCUUAUCCAUGUUUUUGCUCUUCCACAAGCACCAUUUAUUGAUCAACAGCAUUACAACCCCCCCUCACUCUCGUCACCGGCACCAUCUCCGUCACCGAUAUUACACGCUCCCACAUCCACCAAGAAGAUUCAGUGUCCUGCUUUGCUCUCUCUAUGUAUCUUACUGUGGUCAUCAAAUCACACACAAACAAUUAGUUGAUAUUUUUUAGACAUCAUCCUCACUUCAUCACCACAGCCACUACAUCCAUGGCCAUGGGCACGAUGAUGACCUGCCGAAUGAUGAGCAUAUCUCCAGGCAUGCCGUCUUCAUCACCCCCUACUCAGUCUCCAGCACCCGCUUCCCUCCCACUCCGUACAAUCCCUGGAUCAUACGGCUGGCCUUUGUUAGGACCCAUCUCAGACAGGCUAGACUACUUCUGGUUCCAGGGCCCUGAUACCUUCUUCAAGAAACGCAUUGACAAGUACAAGUCCACUGUGUUCCGCACAAAUGUGCCUCCAACAUUUCCUUUCUUUGCUGGGGUCAAUCCGAACGUUGUAGCAGUUCUUGAUACCAAGUCCUUUGCUUAUCUUUUUGACAUGGAUAUUGUGGAGAAGAAGAACAUCCUUGUCGGUGAGUUCAUGCCUAGUGUAAAGUUCACUGGGAAUAUCAGGACUUGUGCUUAUCUUGAUACCUCUGAGCCACAGCAUACUCAGCUUAAAAACUUUGCCAUGGGCGUCUUGAAACGCAGCUCCAAGGUCUGGCUCUCCGAGCUUGUAGCCAGCCUCGACAUGAUGUGGGACACCAUUGACACUGAUGUCUCUCAAAAGGGCAGUGGAAGCUACCUGAUUCCUCUCCAGCAAGCCUUGUUUAGGUUCUUGGUGAAGUCCCUAGCUGGGGCUGACCCGUCAAACUCACCUGAAAUUGCUGAGGGUGGCUACGCAAUGCUAGACAAGUGGCUUGCUCUCCAGCUCCUUCCCACUAUCAAAAUUGGUAUCCUGCAACCUCUGGAGGAAAUUUUCCUACACUCUUUCUCCUACCCUUUUUUCCUUGUUAGUGGAGACUACAACAAGUUAUACCAGUUCAUAAAAAAUGAAGCUAAAGAAUUGUUACGCUAUGCCGAGACUGAAUUCGGACUGAAUCAAGAAGAAACCAUCCAUAACCUGCUAUUCAUUCUAGGAUUCAAUGCGUUUGGAGGGUUUUCUAUAUUUCUACCCGGUCUAAUAAGCAGAAUAGUAAGUGACACCGCAUUACAAGAAAAACUGCGCGAUGAAGUCAGACAAAAUGCUGGUCCAAGUUUGUCUUUCGAGUCAGUGAUGAAAAUGCCACUGGUUCAAUCAGUUGUUUAUGAAACACUUCGACUCAGCCCACCUGUUCCCCUUCAAUUUGCAAGAGCUAGGAAAGACUUUCAACUGAGCUCACACGACUCAGUUUUUGACAUAAAAAAAGGCGAGCUGCUAUGUGGGUAUCAACCCUUGGUGAUGAGAGACGCUGAAGUUUUUGAUGAUCCAGAGAGUUUUAGAGCAGACAGGUUUAUGGGUGAAGAAGGGAGAGAAUUACUGAAUUACUUGUACUGGUCAAAUGGGCCGCAGACGGGGUCACCAAGUGAGUCGAAUAAACAAUGUGCAGCCAAGGAUUAUGUGACCCUCACUGGUUCUAUGAUGGUGGCUUAUUUGCUUAAGAGGUAUGAUUCUAUUACAGGAGACUCUGCAUCAAUCACAGCUGUUGAAAAGGCUGUUAAGUGAUGAUGAUUGUGUGAUUAUAUGUUAUUAUAAAUAAAUUUGUGUUUUUAA